AUGUUCCUCUUUUCCCGAAAGACCAAGACCCCCGUCAGCACCUACAGUGACUCCUACAGGGCCCCCACCUCCAUCAAGGAGGUCUACAAGGACCCACCUCUGUGGGCCUGGGAAGCUAACAAGUUUGUGACCCCGGGCCUGACUCAGACUGCACAGCGCCAUGUGGAUCCUGAUGCCCUGCAGAAGAUGCUCAGGUGUGCUGGGCAGGACUACAGAUACAGGGGCUCCACACCAAGCCACCCCUACUUCCCUGAGAAAUACUGGCUCUGUCCAGAGGAAGCAGACAAAUGCAACCCUAACUAUCUGUGUGGCAACCCAAACUACCUGUGCAGUAACCGGUAUAACACAUGGAGGAUGGCACCUUAUAACUGCUGGAACAAAUGUACCACAUACCUUCCCCGGCUGCCUAAGGAGGCUGGGAUGGAGACAGUGGUUCGAGGAAUGCCCUUGGUGUAUCCUCCUAAGCCGGAGCGACUCAAUGCCUACGAGCGCGAGGUAGUGGUGAACAUGCUGAACUCGCUGUCACGAAACCAGCCGCUGCCACAGAUCACGCCCCGCUGCGGGUGUGUGGACCCGCUGCCGGGCCGCCUGCCCUUUCAGGGCUAUGAGAGCACUUGCUCGGGCCGCCACUAUUGUCUGCGUGGGAUGGACUACAGCGUCUCCGGGCCACCCUGCAGGGAACACCGCCUGCGGCCUUUAUGCACAGAGCUGCCUACUGUAAGGAGUGUGUCUCCCUGCAAGCACCGACCCGGAAUGCAAUGUGCUGUUAUAACUCCCCAGCCGUCGUACUACGCCUGUCCGAACCUUAGAUGGGACACAAGUCACUUCAAGAAGACUGGUGGCUCCCAGAGAAAUAACUAUGUCGUCCACCCUGAGUUUGUGUCUGAGACCUAUCCUGACUACCACUGCUGGUAG